GGCGGAGUUUAUACAGCGUUUUGCAACGCCCAAUAAAACUACCUGGAAGGAAGGGGCAACGGCAGCUGUCUUCACGGUUGUCUAGCGAGGAACGGUGCAGUGGCAAUGGAAGCAACCAGGAGGAGAGGCAAGGUGCACAGCAAUGGGAAGACGGCUGAAGAGACUGAGCCGACGGCACAGUGGGGGAGAGCCUGGGAAGUGGACUGGUUCUCCUUGUCCAGCGUGAUCGCCCUGCUGUGCUUCGCCCCCUUCAUCGUGUACUUCUUCGUGAUGGCGUGUGACCAGUACCAGUGCUCCGUCAGCCAGCCCCUGCUGGAGCUGUACAGCGGCGAGACCACCCUGUCCGCCAUCUGGGCCCGCUCCCCCUCCUUCACCUGGGGGGCCGCCAAGAUCUACGCCGUCUGGGUCGGCUUCCAGCUGUUCCUGUACAUGUGCGUCCCUGACAUCACCCAUAAGUUCAUCCCUGGCUACGUCGGUGGGGUUCAGGACGGAUCUCGCACCCCUGCUGGUCUGAUCAACAAGUAUGAGAUCAACGGGCUGCAGUGCUGGCUCAUCACCCACGCCGUGUGGCUGGCCAACGCACACUACUUCCACUGGUUCUCCCCCACCAUCAUCUUUGACCACUGGAUCCCGCUGAUGUGGUGCGCCAACAUCCUGGGCUACCUGGUGGCCUCCUUCGCCUUCGUCAAGGCCUACCUCUUCCCCACCAGCGCGGACGACUGCAAGUUCACAGGGAACGUCUUCUACAACUACAUGAUGGGCAUCGAGUUCAACCCGCGCGUGGGCAAGUGGUUCGACUUCAAGCUGUUCUUCAACGGGCGGCCGGGCAUCGUGGCGUGGACCCUCAUCAACCUGUCCUACAUGGCCAAGCAGCAGGAGCUCUACGGGCACGUCACCAACUCCAUGAUCCUGGUCAACGUGCUGCAGGGCCUGUACGUGCUGGACUUCUUCUGGAACGAAGCGUGGUACCUGAAGACCAUCGACAUCUGUCACGACCACUUCGGCUGGUACCUGGGAUGGGGAGACUGUGUGUGGCUGCCCUACCUCUACACCCUGCAGGGCCUCUACCUGGUGUACCACCCGGUGCAGCUGUCCACCCCCUACGCCUGCGCCGUGCUGGCGCUGGGCCUGGCGGGCUACUACAUCUUCCGCUCCACCAACCACCAGAAGGACGUGUUCCGCCGCACCGAGGGCACCUGCGCCAUCUGGGGCCGCCGCCCGCCCGCCUUCAUCGAGUGCUCGUACCGCUCGGCCGACGGCGGCGUCCACCACAGCAAGCUGCUCACCUCGGGCUUCUGGGGCGUGGCGCGCCACUUCAACUACACGGGCGACCUGAUGGGCUCGCUGGCGUACUGCGCGGCGUGCGGCGCGGGCCACCUGCUGCCCUACUUCUACGUGGUGUACAUGACCAUCCUGCUGGUGCACCGCUGCGUGCGCGACGAGCACCGCUGCAGCAGCAAGUACGGCGCCGGCUGGAAGCGCUACACCGACGCCGUGCCCUACCGCCUGCUGCCCGGCCUCUUCUGAGCUGAUGCGGG